CAUACCUACAGUAACUAAAAACUACCAGCGCUAGUUGAACCCUUACCAACAGAAGAGACAUUCUAUUAUAUUUCAUUUUGUCUGCACGCCUCUCCGCCUUAUUGGCCUUUUUAUCGUCUAUAGCUACGAGAUUCGAGUAAAAUCGAUGACAUGGAGGCCCUCCCGCCUCCACAACCGCCUCAAUCAGGCGCCGGCAGCUUCCCUGUCCUAGAAACGUUGGAUCCUUCAGUCCAGCACGUCUUCAUCAAACCUGUAAAACAGAUUAACGAUGGGCCCGACGUCCCCAAGUUUCUGAAGUCAAAGGCUUACCGGGACAUCGGCACAUUUGUCAUGCAGUUGAACCGUGCCAUGUGCCCGCGAAAGUCCGUAGGCGAUGACGGCAAAGACAAGAUUCGCACUUUCCAAAUCGGCUCGGAAUACGAGACUCAACCGGUCGAGUCUAUAAGGAAGCUCCAGAAUAUGCUGGCUAAGAUAGAGUCUUAUAUCGACGAGGCUCCGCCCGACCAAGGACCAAGACGGUUUGGGAAUAUCAGUUUUCGGAAAUGGUACCAACUUCUAGAAGAAAGAGUCGCAGACCUUCUCAAAGAGUUCGUGCCUGACAAUGUGUUAAGCUUUGGCCUUGGAGGAGAGCGCAAUAAAGUCCGUGCCACAGCUGUAGACGAACUUACGGCGUAUCUACUUGGAGGAUUUGGGAGCGCCCAGAGACUCGAUUAUGGAACUGGCCACGAGUUAAGCUUUCUUGCUUUUCUUGGAUGCCUCUGGAAGCUUGGCGCAUUUCAGGAUGGAAAGCCUGGGGGUGAGAUAGAGCGUAGCAUCGUUCUUGGAGUUUUCGAGCCCUACCUUCGAGUAGUAAGGCGCCUGAUCUUGACAUACACGCUGGAACCUGCUGGGUCUCAUGGUGUCUGGGGUCUAGAUGAUCACUCGUUUCAACCGUACAUCUAUGGAUCAGCGCAACUCAGUCGCGCUAUCACAGACUCGGAACCUAUGCCGAUUGAAGGAUCACUAUUUCGAGCGCCCAAACCCGCACAAGUAGUAAAGGCUGAAUAUGUCGAACAAGAGAGGAAGAGGAACUUGUAUUUCUCGGCGAUUGGGUUUAUUAACGAUGUCAAGAAAGGACCAUUCUGGGAGCACAGCCCUAUUUUAUUUGACAUAUCCGGCAUCAAGGACGGAUGGGGUAAAAUCAACAAGGGCAUGAUCAAGAUGUUUAACGCCGAGGUCCUUUCCAAGUUUCCUGUUGUGCAGCAUUUCCCUUUCGGCUCGUUAUUCUCCUGGAAGCAAGAUCCCGAUGCGACGACUCCUCAAAACACGGUUCACAUGACCAACCAACCCACUUCUACUACGUCAAUGCCGCCGCCGUCGUCUGCUUCCGCCGGAACAGCAGCGCCAUGGGCUCAACCUCCCGGAAUUCCAUAUUCCCGAGCACAGUGGGGUCCAGCACAUCCUCUACCUAGACCAUCCCAACCUCGAUCAAGCGUACCAGGUAGAGAACCGGCAGUCACCCAAGCCCCUUGGGCAAGAUCCAGCGAUAGGCCAAGUGGAUAAAUCAACCACUCACUAUCUUCCAAGAAGAAAGUUGGUCAUGCUGUCAGACAAGGUUUGCCUACGCGAACAGAGUG